GUGGGUAACGUGCUGGUCGUGGUGGCGGUGUUCACCAGCCGAGCCCUGAGGGCACCUCAAAAUCUCUUCCUGGUGUCUCUGGCGUCAGCAGACAUACUGGUGGCGACGCUGGUCAUCCCCUUCUCCUUGGCUAAUGAGAUUCUCAUUCGACUCCAAAACCAUGAAGAACCAUGAGAAUUAAGUUCCUCAGAAAAGCUAAUGCUGCAUAAUCCAAGUGUUUUGUAGGCAAGCAACUGCACUGCAGCUGAGAGAGUCCAAUAUUUACUUCUUCAUCGGCUGCCAGUGAGGAGAAUACAGGUGAUGAAGAGGUCAUGGGUUAUUGGUACUUUGGUUCCACCUGGUGCUCCUUCUACCUGGCUCUGGACGUCCUCUUCUGCACAUCCUCCAUCGUCCACCUCUGCGCCAUCAGCCUCGACCGCUACUGGUCCGUCACCAAAGCGGUUAGCUACAACCGCAAACGGACACCCAAGCGGAUUAAAGCGAUGAUCAGCAUCGUGUGGCUCAUAUCUAUCGUCAUCUCGUCCCCGCCGCUCCUCAUGACGCAGAAAGAGGAGAAUUUGGAGGUGGAGGAUGAGAGCAACACACAGAGGCAGGAGUGUCUUCUCAACAAUCAGACGUGGUACAUCCUCUCCUCCUGCCUGGUGUCCUUCUUCGCCCCAGGAGUCAUCAUGAUCCUCGUUUACUGUAAGAUCUACCGUGUUGCCAAGCAGCGAGCUUCCACUGUGUUCGUGGCGAAGAAUGUGAUGGAGCGGCAGCCAUCACAGUCAGAGACCUGCUUUGUGGGCACUGCCAGGACUUGCCAAAGAAAGGGAGCCGGCUGCAAUAAUUCCCAGUAUGAGCUGGAUAGCCCACGGCCUGCCAACCGACACAGCUCCUCCAACAUAGACAGCAACAGCAGCAGCCACAGGAGAGGGGAGCUGGAUGAUAUUGACUUAGAGGAGAGAAUCUGCGAAGCUGACAUGAAAACAUCCUCAUCGUUUUCCUCGUCUCUCCGUUUCCCCAGGAGGGCUGGCGGGAGAGUGAAAACAGAGGAGGGGAAGGACAAUGAGGGAGCAACAAGCAGGUUGAAGCCUCCUCCGCCUCCUUCCUGCGCCUCCAUAUCAUGGGCAUCAUCUGACCACUUCUCCCAACACUGCCUCCUCCCCUCUCCUGUACCUCUGCGCAGCAGGCAGAUGUCUCUGUCCAAAAACAAAGUGGCUCAAAUGAGGGAGAAGCGCUUCACGUUUGUUCUGGCCGUAGUGAUGGGGGUUUUUGUCCUCUGCUGGUUCCCAUUUUUCUUCACUUACAGUCUCCACGCUGUUUGCAGAGAGAACUGCACGAUCCCCGACACACUCUUCAACCUGUUUUUCUGGAUCGGAUACUGCAACAGCUGCCUGAACCCCAUCAUAUACACUAUUUUCAACCGAGACUUCAGGAGGGCCUUCAAGAAGAUCUUAUUCCAGACUCAUAAACGAACAUAAGAUGUGAAUGUAUAUGUGUUUGUGUGAGUGCCUCCUGCUCACACACAGACACACACUCAAACACAAAUGUGUGCACACAGUUUUAAUCCUGUUUUCCACUGUGCUGUCAUACUGACAUUAAAGGGCUUGUCAUACA